AUGGCAAUACAUCUGCAAGUAGGACUGACUGUGACCUGCAUCAUAGCCCUAGUGAGCAGCACUCCAGUGCAGUUUGAUGAAAUGAUCAAGGUGACCACGAUCAUUUAUGGUUUGGCUAACUUCUCUGAUUAUGGCUGCCACUGUGGUCCCAACAUACAAGGAAUGCCCGUGGAUGCAAUUGACUGGUGCUGCCAUGAACAAGAUUGCUGCUAUAAUAAAGCUGAAAUGAGCGGCUGCAAUCCAGUUACCCAGUCUUACCGGUUUUACAUGGAAGAGGAAAAAAAGGUUAAAUGCUUGAAGUCUCGUGAUCGAUGUGAGAAAAUGAUUUGCGAGUGCGAUGAAAAGGCUGCUAACUGUUUCCGUAAAGAACUAGAGGAUUAUAAUGUGUAUUUCCGAAAUUUCUCUUCUCUUGGAGCUUGCCGAGGUCCCAGGCCUUUCUGUUAA